CCGCGGAAGACCAAGGGUUACGUCACUGGGACGAAGCUCCAGAAAAACAGACACCGAAUUAACCCUUUCCCUUGCGAUCAUUUGUAGGCAGGAAGAGAGCCGGCUGCGCUUCAGGCGAGUGUCAGCCAAGGAGUUUGUCGGUGAGGAGAAAAAUAAAAAUAAAUCACUCUGCUUUAAUGCUGGAAGUCUAACUUCAAGCAGCAUGGGAAACCACCUCUUUAUUUUAAAAGCAACCCCUCCCGUUCCGAGGGAACGCUUCGCGGAGCGAUGGCCUUAAACGCCUUCAACAACGUCCCUAGGACGACUGCGCCGCCGCCGCCCCCCAGAGCGGUGGCGGACGUCCCGUUUCGGCGGCAUCGCUCCGCCGCUGGCCGAUGUGAAUGGAGUCUCAGUAUCUGAAGAGAUGCCUGGGAAGUUGCUUGAAAAAGGGACUGGCAGAGGUCGUAGAGCAUCAGCCAGCAGAUCCAAUAGAGUAUCUGGCACAUUGGAUUUACAAUUACAGAAGACUCUUAGAUGAAGAAAAAAAGAGAAUGUUGGAAAGGAGUGAGCUGGAACAAGAACGGGAGGAGGCCCUGGCAGAACUCGAAAUGUUAAGAAAAAUGAAGGAAGAAGAGCUCAUGAUCCAGCAGAAACUUGAAGAACAACGUCAAAGUCAGUUGGAGCAAGAACGUCAGGAGUUGAAGCAAGAACGUCAGGAGUUGAAGCAAGAACGUCAGGAGUUGAAGCAAGAACGUCAGGAGUUGAAGCAAGAACGUCAGGAGUUGAAGCAAGAACGUCAGGAGUUGGAACUGCAGAAUGCUGAUGCAGAAGAGGAAAUGCUGUUGCAGCAGAAAGAUCAAGAGGAAAAUGAAAAGACAAUAGCUGAACUUACAGAUAGACCUGGAGCUCCUAAUUUGACCAGAGUUGAGGAGCUAGAUGAGAAUGGACAGUUUGAGAGCAUAACAGAUCUCACAGCAGAAGCAGAACAAGAAAGUUCCUAACUGAUCUGAAAGCAGCAGAAGUUCUGUGCCAAAAAGACAUUAUGGUAGAGCACUGUCUUACCUUUUUACAAAUAUUUGACGAGUCAAAUUGUUUGGGAAGAAAAGCCAAAUUAAACAUUACCUAACCCUACAGUGGUUUAGAGUUGGUCACAGACGUCCUAGAAGAGGACAUGCUGAGAUGCUUCAUGGCCAUGGAGCAAAUGUGUUGCCCUUGAUAGUAAAGCCACAACUGGAAGCAGUUCAAAGUGGAGGUUUUACACAAGUUAUGUGAAAUGCAGCUGUGCAGCAUUUCUAGAAUACGAUUACCAGAGAGGCUAUUUCCAUGAAGGGUGACCCUCCAAAGGCCUUAAGGACCAAUGCACUUAACCAGGCAGAAGUCAGUCCAAAAAGAGGAACUGUAAAAGGAAAAUAAACAAUGGGCCUGCAAGCUCGUUACUCGUGUAUGUCAAAUUACUUACAAUCUACAGCAUUUUAGGAGCUUGUGGGUUUUUUUUAUUUUUAUAAGGGAUAAGAGGAUUAUGUGAGAGGCUUGUUUCUGCUUUCUGCAUAAGUGUUACUUUAAAAACAAGAAUACUGGUCCCCACACUACAAUUUCUGUCCUUAAGUGGCAUUGAAAACCAAGAAAGAACAAAACCAGAAGCAAGAGAGAAUGGAACGCACAGACAAUGUUCAAUCUUAUCUGCUUUUGCUGGAGGAUUGUUUGUAGAAUUGGAAUGAAAACUCUCACGUGUAUGGAAAGAGUUUUUGUCAGAGGUGCUUCAUCCAUUCCCAUCAUGUCUUUCUGUGCUGCCAUAGAGAAAAAGUCUGCAUUUAAGAAUGAACACUUGUCACUGGCGUUAUUUUACUUUAAUAGUUAAUAUAAUUUUUGAAUGUUACCCAUUAACUAGGAUUAACAUAGUAAGUUACUCUUUGGUCUUCUAUUUUUGUUUUAUAAAUUCUGUUUUUCUUGGUGGUGUUAAUGCGUAAUUUAUUCAGGCUGGGAUACAAUCUUUGUGUCAGUGGGGUGAUGGCAGUUUACUCCAGAGAAAGCUAUGUCUCAUAGUGUGUAUCUGAUGUGUAAAUUCUGCAUUUUUAAGUGCAACCAGUGCUUUUCAUUCUGUGAAAUAAAUUCAGUACAACAGAAAA